AUGAAUACUGCACUCCGACUACGAUUCUCCGUCUACGCCCAAAGGGGUUUGACGAGAGAUUUGAUAGCCAGGAGAUCGAUUCACUCUUCGUUCCUUGUGGCGAAGGAUUAUCCUGCGCAUACUCUCCUGCCGAUGCCUGCUUUGAGUCCAACCAUGGAAAGCGGGACUAUUGCUGAAUGGGGGCUACAAGAGGGAGACUCGUUUUCUGCUGGAAGUGUGUUCUGCUCUGUAGAGACUGACAAGGCCACGAUGGAUUUUGAGUCACAGGAUGAUGGAUUCUUGGCAAAGAUAUUGCGAGAAGGAUCUGGAGCUGUCGACAUUCCUGUUGGCGCACCUAUCGCAGUCGUUGUGGAAGAAGAGGAGGACAUUGGUGCUUUCUCAGACUAUGUGCUGGAAGCUGAAGUCCCUGUCACAGCCGCACCUGAAGCUGGUGAAUCUAAGGCACCGGACACUUCAUCGUCGACUCCAGCGCCUGUUGGAAGAGAAGUAUCUACCGAGCAUGUUUUGCUCCCAUCGGCUCGCUUUUUGGCUGAAUCAAAAGGAUUGGACGCGACUGGUUUGCCUGGGUCCGGAAAGGGAGGCCGGGUUACAAAGGGUGAUGUUUUGGCCGCCAUUGCCAGUGGAACUUUCAUGCCCCCAUUAGCGAAGGAGUCAGCAGCACCAGUCCAGGCAGCUUCUGCUAUGCAACCUGCUGCCGCGACUCCAGGAGCACCUUUUACCGAUCUGGAGAUUCCACCGGUUGACACGAUGGGUACUUUUGAGGAUGUUGCUAACAACAACAUGCGAAAGGUUAUUGCGCGAAGACUUACUGAGAGCAAGAGAGAGGUUCCCCACUUCUAUACUUCUAUGGAAGUUGAAUUGGACGACGUCCUGAAGCUCAGGAAACAACUCGUAGCAGAUCAUGAUGUGAAGGUAUCUGUCAACGACGUCAUUAUCCGCUGUUGUUCGUUGGCACUCCGAGACGUCCCAGAAGUGAAUGGCACUUACGACCCAAAAACCGACGCUAUAAAGCUACAGAAUUCUAUUGACAUCAGUAUAGCUGUAGCAACGCCAGCUGGAUUGAUCACACCGAUCGUUCCCAACACAGACAAACUUGGCCUUUCUGAGAUCACCGACAAAGUUCGCGAUCUUGCAGGACGAGCAAGGGAGGGAAAACUUGCACCAGAAGAAUAUCAAGGUGGAACAUUCUGCGUCAGCAAUCUUGGUAUGUUUGGCAUUGAUGAGUUCUCGGCCGUUAUCAAUCCACCGCAAGCAGCAAUUUUGGCCGUCGGAGGCGGAUCUCGCCGUGUGGUUCCUACACCAUACAUUGACGGAGCUGAAGAACAGGCUAAACCAUCCAUCAAGACUAUCAUGACUGCACGACUGAGCGCAGACAGGCGAGUUGUUGAUGAGGCAACAGCUUCCUUGUUCAUGUCAGCCUUCAAGCACUACAUUAGCAAACCAGAGCUGUUGCUUCUGUAA